CCAUCUUAGAAUUCACUGCGACUUCAAUAGAUAUCGCAAGUGAGUCGCAGCUGCAACUUGGUAAGCACGCUCAGUCACAUUGCCAUCGCACACUCCUUCUUCUAUGAUGAAACAAUACGCUGGCACCAGUCCUAGAAGACUUGUACUCUUUUUCUGCGGAAUAGCUAUUGCUUGAGACAAAGUCUCUUUCCCUGAACGUGGAACGGAACCACCAUCGCAUACUCCUGUUCGAGCCUUACACAACCCAGAGCGCUGCUAACAGAAUAUGCACAGCUGAGUCUGGUUAUCUUACGGUCAUUUCUGGCACGUGCCCAGCGCAAAGAUGGUCCUCCACAACCCCAACAAUUGGCAUUGGGUCAAUAAAGACGUUUCGGCCUGGGCGCAAGAUUAUUUGUCCCGAGAUCUAGUGGGCCUGAAGGUAGAGAAAGAUGGUGUCAGCGCUGAAGUCAGCAAAAUCAUGAGCAUGGAAGGGGAUGUAGAUGUCAGCCAACGGAAAGGCAAGGUGAUCACCAUUUUCGACGUGAAGUUGCAGCUUGAGUGGACCGGAAAAAUCCCCAUCAAGGAGACAAACGAGAAAGAUGAUGGCUCCACCGAGGAAGUCCAGGGCAGCAAGGAUGUCAGCGGUACCAUUACUAUACCCGAAGUUGCGCAUGAUACAGAGAAGGACGAGUACGUUUUCGACGUGGAACUGUAUUCUGCGUCCCUAGAGAAAGAACCUGCAAAACAGCUUGUGCGAAGCGCUCUUAUCCCCAAGCUCCGUCAGCAUUUGCAAAAGCUUGGCCCUGCCCUCAUCGCAGAACAUGGUAAAGAUAUUCAGCAUGCUCCCGGCUCAAACCCAUCUUCUGGUUUCAGCACGCCUCGAGUACUGCAGAACAGCGGUGUGGCUAAGAGUGGCGAUGCCAACAAACCUACGACCGCAGCCACAGAGGGCAGUGGACAGAAAGUCAAUGUGACGAACCUGUCUGAUCAACAGGAAUUCCGUACCACAGCCGACAAUCUUUUCGAUACUUUCACGGACCCACAGCGCAUUACAGCGUUCACGCGAGGGCCACCGAAAAAGUUCACCUCGAAUGGACCAGCGCAAGUAGGGACCGAAUUCGAGAUCUUUGGCGGAAACGUCAGUGGUAAAUACGUAGAGCUCUCGGCCCCGACGACUGUAGUCCAGAAGUGGCGGCUUGCGCAGUGGCCGGCAGGGCAUUUUAGCACUCUGAAGAUCCGGUUUGAGCAAAACGACGUCGAUGCAGUGACCGUUAUGCGAGUCGACUGGGAGGGUGUGCCAAUCGGACAAGAGGAGUCGACAAAGCGGAACUGGGAUGAAUAUUACGUGCGAAGUAUCAAGACAACCUUCGGCUUCGGCACGAUUUUGUAGAGGAAGCUUUUUGAUGUUGGUAUCCCAUCAGUUUCCCGAGAGGCUGUUGGUGCGACUGUCCUCGGCCUGGUGGAUCACGACAAAGUUACGCCUAGAAAAGAGAAAUGAAG